CCAUACGGGUAGACCGCGUCUCAGUUGGUGACGCAAAUUACGUAGAGUCGUUCAAUACUCACAUUAGCGAGCUUUAUCAUUGUUAGGAGGAUAUGUAUUACCGAAUCAGAUAGUUUUAUUCAGGUGUGCUUACUUUAAACAUAUUGGCGUUGGUAUUUACACAUCUACAGUGUGGACGAAAAUGACUGAUGUGACAGAUUCCCUGACCAAAGAGGGCUGGUACCUCAGUGAUGAAGGCAUAGCAGAACUGAAAGGAUCUGCUGAGAAAAUAACUCAGAAUGACAUUAUUCGUAUUGCACUUGAUAGUGACCUCAGGCCUCUUGGGAGAAAAUUUCUACCGCCGGAUAUCAAUAGUGGAAGAACUGAUAAGUUGGAAGGUCCAUGUGUUCUUCAGUUGCAGAAGGUGAGGAACGUCUCAGCUCCUAAAGACCACGAGGAGUCUCAAGGCGCGCCACGAAUGCUGCGUCUACAAAUGACAGAUGGGCAUACCACCUGUGUUGGAUUGGAGUUUAAACACUUGUCUAAGAUCAGUCUUAAUACCCCCCCUGGAACAAAGGUAAAGCUCCUUGGUACAGUCCAGGUUAGAAAUGGUCUUUUGCUGCUCGAUGACUCAAAAAUCUCUGUCCUUGGAGGAGAGGUUUAUCACAUGGUGGAGAAAUGGGAACUACAAAGGAGUCUGGCCAAACACAGCAGGAGUAACAUUGGAGCAGAAGGUGGACCUCCUCCCUUUGUGCCGUUUGGUCAGAAGUGUGAAAGGAAGGAUGAAGUAGACAGCAGAGACCUGGACCAGAGGAAGACCCUCCAGAGUCAAAAUGUGGUCAAAAGUCCUGAAGAGAAUGAUGAGUUUGAAAAGCAGCGGACAGCAGCUAUUGCUGAGGUGGCAAAGACCAAAGAGGGGCCGCGCACGUUUGGUGGUGGAGAAAAUGCAGGCAGUAAUUUAUCCAGUGCUGCUUCCUCUUUCCGGGGCCGAGACUCUUACCAGCAGAGGAGACGAGAAGACUGGAUCGAAAGACCUGAAAGCAGACAAGAUGGAAACUAUCGAGAGCUGGUGGAUGAUCGUGCUCUGAGAGACAUCAUGGAGAUGGGCUUUAACAGGGAGGAUGCUCGGCAGGCGCUAAUGGAUAAUAACAACAACCUUGAAGUGGCACUAAACUGCCUUCUGACUGGAUCUUCUGGGAGCAGACCUAGCCCUGAGCCGGUUGAAUCUAUCAAGCCCCAACCCAGAGCCAGAGGAAGAGGAAGAGGAAGAGGCAGGUCAAGAAAUGAAGAUGAGGAGGAGGGAGCAGGCGGAAGGCCAUCUGGACCAAGCACUCUUUUUGACUUUCUUGAAUCCAAAAUGGGAGUUUUCUCCAUUGAUGAGCCAAAGAGCCAGACACCUCAGAGGUACCAUGAGAGUAAAGCAAAUUUCUCUAACUCAGACUAUUACUCCAAAGACGCAUCUCAGAACAAGUUCUCCUCGCAUAAUGACCAUAGGCAACAAAGGAAUGACAGACCACCUCGCUUCCACAGGGACUUUGAUUUUCCCAAACCUGGCCAAGAGCCCCUCUCUAACUACACACCUUCCCAAACGUCAACUCAAGCCCAGCAGUGGAAGGGCCAGGAGAGAUGGUCACGAGGCACAUCAGACAGAUCGCACAAUGACAGGAGAGAGACGAGAGAUGAGCAGAUUUUUCCUUCAACCUUCUCGAGUACUUUCAUACAUUCAAAAGAACCUCAGCAGCAGGUGGAGUUCGGUGGUUCUUACCACCAACGAUCCAGAAAUGGAGACGGCGGCGGUGGUGGUGGGAACAUGUCUGGACCAUCUCACAGAAGAGGAUUUAGAGACAACGUACCCACAUCUAAACUCUCUGAUCCUGCAGGCAGUGAGCCCGAUGGAAGAGGAAAUAGUAAAAGUACAGACAGAAUUGAAGAACCCAGCAACAGCAGGAGGAAGGGCAAGACUGACCGGCCAAACUCAGACCACCUUGACCGACAAAGGGACAGCGGGACGCCAAACUUUAACCUGAGGGGAGGAAGCUCAGGGUCAUCCCAAGAAGUGGGGUUAUCGCGGGAUUCUCGAAUCACAACAGGGGAGCCUUCUCAUUUCCAAAAUGGAGAUAUGGAACACAAAAGAACUGGGCCAAUCAAGCCAACAACUGUACCGUGUCCACCCAACAGGGACCCACCCCCAAAGAAAAACACUUCUAAUAACCCAGGACCUAAAAGAAGGCUAGGACAAGGCAAAGGGCAUGUCCAAGCUCGUGGACCAGAGAAAAGUCAUUUUGUGGAACAGGCUUGGAAACCUGGAGACCAGUGCCUGGCACUGUACUGGGAGGAUGGCAAGUUCUACCAUGCCAGAAUAGAUGCUGUGCAUCCAUCAGGCUCCACGGCUGUGGUUGUGUUUAGUGAUUAUGGAAACUGUGAAGAGAUCCUGCUGCAUAACAUCAGACCUCUUUCUGCUGAUAUAUUGUAACAUCACAACCAUAUCAAAUGUCCAAUGGCAGGAGGAAGAUGAUGGUUACUACGACAGUUCACUAGAGUUUCGCCGUGGGGGAGAUGGACAGCCUCGACCCACAAGACCCACACAGCAGUAUUACCAGCCGCCUAGGGCACGAGAUUGAUGUGUCUGCGUUUACACUGGCAGGUAAAUAAUUAUGGAAUUGUGGUUAUUUUCCAUUGCUAAUUAAACAUCAAACAUUGUGUGUACAUGUUCCUAUUUUUAUACGGAGACUUUUUAUUCAUAUCUUUCCUUCGGUGUGGUGGGAGUCUUGAAUUAUAUAAUAAACGUGAAAGUAUGGACUGUACAAAAGUAAUUUGUAGGCAUUUCUGUAACCUUGCCUGUUGCAUAAUUACCUGUGUAUAUAAUGUAUAAUAGAAACUAUUGCCAACCACAGCUAAACAAACUGGUUUGCUCUCAUUUCUAUGUAGAAGUUGAUUGUAUACAAUUGUAUCAUUUUAAUUUUUCCUGCUUCUGUUCCAAUGUAUUCUGUAAAAACUAUUUCACAACAUCUGCAGCAGUUGUGAUCUUAAAAAAUGCACAAAGUGCAAACCUGGUUUUGUAAAUUUAUUUAAUAAUUUUCUUUUUCUUCACCCAUUUGUGUGCUUGUCCCACAUCCUUCCAUGACAGAGAUUAUGUCACUUUCUGCAACAAUCCAGAGUGCUUCCUGAAUUUUUUAAUUGUCCACAUCUCAAGGACAUACAGAACUUUUCAAAGGGCUUAGAUAAAAUGCAAAAAUUAAAGAAACUGACAUGAGCACCUGUUGAUUUUUGUUAAGGACAUAUCUACUGUAUAUGUUGUAAAGAUUUGUGAAAUGGAUGCAUUAAAAUAAACAAUGAUUAUAGUAUGUAACGGAUCUGUUAUUUUAAUGUAUUUUUUAUUAUUAG